GCGCCAGGUGUUUUAAAGUUUUCUCAGGUAAGUUUUAAACUCCCUUCAUGUACCUUUGUUUUCCUGUGUUUUUGGAUACCAAGAGUACACACUUAUGCAAAAAGGGCUAGUCACGUAUAAGCGAUAAUUUUCAGCUCAUCUUUAUAAUUUCAUGAUAGAACAAAUAAUUCUAGUUUUUUAUUGCAGCUAACUGGUAAAUGCCCUACACAAAUUAAGAGGUAUUCAUGUAAUCAAAAGUGGAUCAGAACACUGAUGGGAUCAUUUUAGGUGGGCUACGGAUCAGACCACUGAUUGGUUAAAAGAUUGGAUCACUGAUGGUGAUCCUACAUUGGAUUAAGAAAAAGUAAAAUGAAUAUAAGAAAAAUUGAGUGAUAGAGCUCAUUAGUAACAGAAAAUUUAAGGAAGCACUUACAUGAAGUCAGUAACUUACAAGAACAUGUGCUCUCAACAAUGGUUUAUACUCAUAUUAGACCUAGAAACUGUGUAUUACCUCCACAAAAAUUCAGCGUGUAUCUUGUGUGGAAUGACUUCCUUUAUUUACAGGGAAACUUGCCAGCAUUUAAUGAUAUUUUUGAGAAUUAAUUAAAAUUAAUAAUUGUGUUUUCAGUACUUGAUGCAAGAAAACUUUAGGAAUGCUGUAGACGGUAUCGAUGUCUCAAGCUCUACUGGUUCAGAGGGGGAGCAGGAUGAUGAAGGUUUCUGUUUUGUUUUUUAAUAAAGAUAUCCAACACAUUUCUGACACACUCCAUAAAUCUAAUAGUUAGACAGACACUUAUUAACCCUUCACACCCAAACAUCAGUAUACAUUCUCCAUAAUGUUCUCUAUACAUUUCCUAAGUUGUUGACAAGGAGAAUUUGUUUAACAAUCAAUAUCUUAUUUAGUUGGUUGUCAUUUCCUUUACUCCUCUGACCACAACAUUUGAUUCAGGUGUGAAUUUAUGAGGAGAAUUAGAUUUUAGUCACUCCUUGGGUAAAAAGGUCAGAUACCUAGUAAUAGGAGAGUAUCCUUUAAAUGUAAACUUAAUUGGGGCCAACUAACAUUUUUGGUCUUAUGAUGAGACAUCAGUUGAAAGUAAAAGAAUGAAAGAUCUUUUUAUCUGAAGAACAAUCACAGCCAAGACAUAAAAAAACUUUGAACAUUAAUGAAACAAAGGACAAGAGUUCUUUUGGAUAGUAUUAUACAACAGUGACCUUUUGCAAUUUGUGUUUCACACCCAGAUCCAUCAAUGCAAAUGAUGAUUGAGAGAUAUGAAAGGUAUCACUUAUGGUUGGCAAAGUUGAUGGGGAAGGAUCCUGAAUCGUUCAGCCUAGAGGAUGCGCAGGUACUGAGUAUAAUAUAUGCUUAAUGUCUGUACCCUUGGGAAACAGUUAGCUUUGUUUUCUGAGAGCCUCGAUGUUUCUUAGGAUGAAGUCCACGAAAAUGUUGAGAUUUAUGCUUAAGUUUUUUGUUAUACAUGUAAAAGACAAAUUUAUUAAACAAGCAAAAAAUGGAUGUUUAUGAACAUCACAACUUUAUUUGUUGUUUACACCACAAAUGUACCUCUGGAGAACCAUGUUUUUGUAUUUACAUAUUUUAAUCAUUAUUUUAUUUUAGGAAGCAGUUGAAUACUUGUUACCAUCUGGAUUGUAUGCUAAGGAUUGUCGUCCUACCUUUGAGGUAUCAGCAACAGCUCUACCUAAAGUACAAGUGGGCAGUUAUAAGCUUUCCUUAUCUAGAUUGCACAAGAGCUUGUUGUAUCAGGCAUAGGAAAAUUUAUGCGAAUUAGUUUUGUUUAGCAUCAGGUUUGUUUCUGUAUGGUCAGGAAAAUGGCUCAGUUUUCUUAGACCAAGUAAAGAGUAGAGUGAAACAAAACAAAAACAUUUUCUGUAAUGUUCAAGCUUGUACUAUACCUGCUGCUCAUAUCUACCUCUGUUUUUACCUUCUCAUAGCACCCUGUAAUGUUCAAGCUUGUACUAUACCUGCUGCUCAUAUCUACCUCUGUUUUUACCUUCUCAUAGCACCCUAAGACACUUUACAGACAAUGGACAGGUACAGGCAUAUAUAUCACUUGUGUCUCUAUAUACUUAUAUUUGUGGCUAUUUUUUAUGUUCAUAUUCAUUUUGAUAUCUAGCUCUAUCUUAUAUAUUUAUUAUUUUCAUAAAUAUAUUAAUUUUAUAUCUAUUUUGUCUUGUGCAACUGACUAUAAAGAUACACUUCUUUCAAUUCUUUGAAGAUUACUUAUAUGUCUCUUAAGAGGAAAGAUGACUUAGGAGAAAGAUGUUUUAUUCUAUUUACAAACAUGUUGUUAUCAACAUUGCUGAUCCUAGCAGUAUGUAGGACGCAUGUCAUAUGUACUUUGUAAUAGACCUUGCUCACCAUGGAGUCUCUGUGAUUCAGUGGUAGAGCAUGGGGACUAAAAAUUUUUUUCUUUGUCCCAUGUUCACAACAAGAUGGAAAACAUCUUUCUCAAUUUCUUUGCUAAGCUCAAAACCUACUAUCUCUCUUAUUCUAGUUACAAAUAAUCUCUUUGUCUAUACUAAGUGCUUGGGUAUGUCUUGGUAAAAGGGGGGCCUGUAGCUACAACUUUUUCUUCUUUUCAUAUUCAAAAUUCAAAUUCUGAGUAGUUGUCAAUCUUUAUAAGGAGAUCAGGUUUUAAGCAUGGAUAAUCUGAUUUCUUGUGAAGUAAAUUUACCAUUGACAGAGUUGUACAUAUAACAUUGAUUUUUAUCCCCUUUGGAUUUUUGCAUGUAGAGCAAAUGGAUAAAUCUGGCCGUCCACGGGCUGCAGCUUUUUACACAGGCCAAGUUGGCUUCCAUGAUUUGUUGUUUGUAAGUAUUUCCCUCCUUUGGUACAGCAUAUAAUUAUGCAUAUUAAUAUACUGUAGGCAUAUAUUUUAAAAAACUCACAAGUGAGGAUUUCAAAUUAUAUUGUAUUCUUGAUACAGUGAUGAUAUUUGUCCCGCAGGAAAUUUAUGAGCUCACAGCCAAGUUGAAUGCUCUUGACAAGACUGCAUCAACUGACAGUGGUGCAACAGAAAAAGAAGACAUCUUGGUGUCCGGUGAUGACACUGAAUCACAAUCCAGUGAUGUAGACAGUGCAGGUUCAUCUGACAGUGAUAGUUCGGAGGCAGAAGACCACUCGUCAUCGAGUGAUGAAAUUGAAUUGCAUGCUAGUGAUGUGGAAAGUGCAGAUAACAUUGCUGACAUUUGGAGGUACAUAGCUUGUUUCUGGCGUAGAGUUAGUCAAUCGGUGCGAUAGUAGCGGCCGUGCGAAAACCAGGGAGGUUGGAUUGGGCGACCGCGCGAUCGACCCAAACCCAUCUCGUUUGCCACCGUUUACUGUCCCGCUUAGUUUUAUCAACUGAACAGAGGGAUUAGAGGUACACGAAUUCAACAAACUGAUGGACAAGUAUUAUUUUGCAGCUGGCUCUGCGAGCUGGAAAAAUUAUACGACCGCUGUGACUUUACUUUGUAUGGGCUAGGGUGCCUUCUUCCCCGGUUGAUCCUGCAGAAAAAAAUAUCCCCUAGCAGACAUUACCAGUGAACUUUUUUUUCUCACAAGAAGAUGGUUACCGGCGGUAUUUACAACUAAAGAGUCACAAACGCGUCUUCAUAAAGUCAAAUCAAAGAAAACCACGACAAGAUUCGUGAAUUAUCUGCCAAUGUUUGAAGUGUAAUCUCUUUCUCAUAAAAUAAUCUUUUAUAAAAACUAAGCUUGUAUGGUUAAAUUUUUAACUCCCAAGAUUUGAUUGUCUAGUAUCCCCUCUAGUUGCUACAUAUUUCCUUGUAAAUUAGUUUCGAGAAAUUGGUGUUAGAUCAAGAUAAGAAGAAGUUACGGACUUAGAUUAUUCUUUGACAAACGGCAAAUCUAUGACAUCUUCCGUCUUCCGUUUUUUUUUUUCGGUAUUUUUGUUUAUCUUAAUGCUUUGUGCAUAUGUUUCAUAACCUCUACAAUGUAUUCUAGAUGCUGAUGCAUGUCCCUGUUAUUUCACAGCAAAGAGAACUGGAAUCGGAAGAAGAUGAGAUGGAUCAGCAAAUUUGAACUGGAAAGGCAGAUCGGUGAACUGCUCCCAGAUAGAGAUGUAGGUUACUCGUAGUAUUUGUACCUAGCCCGCGCACAAGCUCUCUUUAGGGGUGGGAGCGUAAGAACUUUUAUCCAACCCACCCUCGGGGAGAAUUAGCCUGCUGUUCAUAGAAAAUGGUUACUGACAGUGUUGACAACAACAGUCACAAACGCGUCUUAGGCAGUCAAAAUAAAGAAAACUACGACUAUUUUCGUGAAUGUAUUUGGCAAUUUUUGAAGUGUAAUCUCUCUCUCCAUACUGUAAUGUUUUUCCAAAAGCUAAGUUUUUAGGUAAAAUUUCUAACUCCCAAGAUCGGAUUGUUUUACACAUUUCCUUUCGCUCUGACGAAGGGCUGUUGAUCGAAUCGUCAGCUUUGAAACUCUUCAUGGUGGCCAAUUUACAUUAUUAACUCAGUUGAUAAAACCAAAUUAUCAGUUUAUUGAAUUUGUCUCUGACUAUUUACUACAUGAUAAGUGGUCUGGUUUUUUCAUCAAUACAGUUUGAAGUUAUUCUACAUCGACUCAAGAAAUUAACCAAGCACCGAAAUGCAGAUCACGCAAUUCCUUUUUUACUUCGUUUCCUAAAAGAAAUACCUCUGCCAGGAAAAGAACAAGUGAUAAAGGAGGUAAGUGAAUUUGACUAGUAACUAGAAGGUGCGAUCGUCCGCUUGAGAUUGAUCCUGAACAAGGCAACCUGUUCGGCAAAUUCGUUCCCAGGGUUCCCUGGGGGGGGGGAGAGGGAGAGAUGUUCCUGGGAACGAAUUUGCAUGAGCGGAAGUCUUCAUCAGAGCGAAGCGAAAAGUCAAGCGACUCUGAUGAUGACUUCCAAUCUCGUGGUGAAAAGUUCAGGCACAGUCAUCGACGACAUUUCUUUUUUUCAGGAUGGACCAGGAAGAAGUUCUCUGUGCUUUAAACUUACUUGUUACUUAUUUACUUCAACUCAACAAUUAAUAUUCUUUUUGAUGUGGAUUGCCUUAUGUGAUAAGUAGGUUUUACAAGUUCGCUCUUGAUUUUUUAGCACACGCUUGUAUGGUCUGAGUGACCCAGCAGCAACAGAGAACAGUUGGCUAGAUGAGAAAGUUCCAUUAUUGUGUAACUAAUCUUUUCCCCCUUUUUGACAGCUUAAUGAAGACGGUGAAGCUUACGGAGAAGGUAGGUCAAACAGUGUUUAACCUUAGUUUUGUGGGUCAGUUAAAUUGAAAUGUUCUCACACCGUUUGUAUUGAUCACUUCAGAGUGCAUCAACAAAAUUUUUCGGUGUGUUGGACCUGUACUUCUUUUCCAUUGGUUAUUUCCUCCCCCCCCUCCCCACUUCUCAUCGAUGGCUUCUUUUCCUCCACUUAUGGCACGAAUAAAUUUUUCCUGCUCUUUCCUUCGUUUCUAGCCAUGUUUAUCCACGAUGUUCGUGGCAGCCGUUGCACGCUUUUCAGUGCGUGGCAUCAAAAACGCUGGUCACUACAUGAUGCAAACUUAUUGAUGUGUCAAAAAAAGGGAGAAUUUCUCCUCUUUGGACCUUUCGCUGCGAUGCCUUAUUGAAUUCAACAGAAAUAAUAAUGCCGAUGAAAAAAUUUUCCAUUCAUAACAAACGCAAACAAAUGAUUUGUUCGUCUUUUAAUCCAUACUCCAGGUGACCGCAAAAAUGCUACUGCAAGGGUAUGGAUUAAGAAAGGCUCGGGAAACGUCACGGUUAACGAAGUGCCUUUCGUCAAGUAUUUUCCCAGAAUGGAAGACAGGUAUGGUAUUUGUAAUCAACUCUUUUGUCGGCUUCAUUAAGCAGUUGAUGGCUCGAGUAUCUACAACCGCUCUUAGUGAAAGCAUAGCUUGCGAGCAGGCCCUCGUUAUCAGAGAUGUAGUUUGCCUUUUACUUUUGCUUUGCGUUCCCUUGGGCUCCUUGUAACAUUUACCGUUACUGUUAUUGGUUGCUCGGAAUGUUUAGGUUUUUGUCCUACGAGACUCAAUCGGAAAGCUUCAACUGUUGAGCGACAGGUCUCAGUUACAGCAUGGAUGAGCGUACAAGGCCCUGCGAAAUAUAUAUUUUGAUUCCGCACCGAUAAUUUUCUUGUCUCGGUCGUUUUUUUUUUUACAACUUAAUUCUCUCGUUAUCUCCCAUUUUAGGAAGCAAAUCAUGUCGCCAUUCCUCGCCAUUAAUGCAGUAGGUGACUAUGAUGUGAGAAGUGAAGUUCUUGGAGGAGGACACUCAGGUGAGAAAUUCCGUCCAUUGGUUAGUCUUCACUUUGAUUUUUCCCUUUGAUUGGUCUAAAAAACUCGCGCCAUUGACUUUCUCGACCAAUCGAACGUAAGACGGAGACUAAUUGCUACGUGGUCACUCGCGUGUCUCGCGCGUCAGGCAGUUUGUUGUUGUUGCAGAUUUGUCUUUCUUUGUGUAAUUCAUCCUUAUUCUGAUUUGCCGUUGCGAUAACUGUGACUCUGGUUUUGUUUUUUUACGACACUAUAUUAUUUAGUUGUACAAUUUCCAUCCAUUAUCAUCAGUGGAGAAAGAAGACUAACCGAUGUAGAAUUCCAAAGGCUAUUUGAAACCAAAUCAUUUGUUACUGCCGGUUAGACUUCUUAACACUCAAACGGUUGGUUCCCUCGCCACGGUUUUCGGAAUUUACAACAAACUGGCACUGGCUACCGUAGUCCAUGAUAAUAAGGUGCGGAAUAAGGCUAUCCUUAACAUUUAUUUCCUGUCCGUUCGUACAAAGAAAGUGAAUGACUGGGAACCCUGGGAACUAAGAAAGGUACAUGUGUUUGCUAAUACGCUGUAAUCUCAUUUUAUACUCUUGAUUUUAUCCAUUUAGGUCAGUCUGGUGCUAUCAGGCUUGCUAUCAGUAGGGCUCUUCUUAACUUUGAAGACAGCUAUUUGGAAUCACUUGAAGAAGGUACGAGGCUCGUUUUGUCUAUUUCUAUCUUCGAUUCGUAAUUAGUGCGAGCCAAAAUAUGUCAAUUCCCCUCUUUGUUACGGGAAUUUCUGUAGCUUUUCAAGGCUAAGGGUAGGUUUUUCCGUCGUGUGUCAGGACCAAAAUUCGAAAGAUGAAAGGUGUUACUCUGGGGCCGGGGUAUCAAAAAUACAAGAUGCGGGUUCAAGGAGGGGGAGGGGGGAGGGGGGGGGGGGGGGACGGAGGGGGGACGGAGGGGGAGGGGAGUGGGAGGGGCAGAGGCGGGGCUAGUCAUCGAAAAUCGUCGGUGAGUGGAUAAAUCUUUUAAUGGUAGUUUUUCCCUAACCCUGGGAAAAUAUCAGAGAGGCAAUAUUAUGCAAGUGGUGGAACAAGGAGGGUUGGAGAGGAUUCGCUCUGAAGAAGAGCUAACGAUCGUAACGUCAGCAUAGAAACACUUUACGAUGAACAAUUUACAUUAUCAACUCAACUGAUAAAACCCAAUGUUCUUGUUAUACUCCCCUACCCUCUCCUCCCCUACCGCAGUUUCUUUAGAAACUUACUCCCUUUAUUUAGUGUUAAAGAGGGACAUGUUUACCUCAGAUUGCAGAUGUCUAGGUUAACAAGAGAAAUUUUAGUAGAAGAGCUGCUUUUGAUUAUUUUUCAGCUCAUUUAUUGAUGAAGGAUCCACGGAUAAGGGAGAGGAAGAAGCCCGGUCAGAAGAGAGCCAGAAAGAAGUUUGCCUGGUAA